CUUUAUAUCCAGCAAUCUCAUUCCCAUUUUUAGCUACAACAAUUUACUUAAUUUAUGUAAAAGCUAGCCAAGGAACUUAUUUGUUUUAUUAUUGUGCCGACCAUUUUGGUAAUUGCGUACUUAAUGCCAGUAGGCUAAUUGCGUAGCCUAUUCGAUGACUAUUUGCUGCUGUGUUGAAGUAAUUAACACUACUUUCAGGGAUAAAACGGUAGUGUUAUCGAUGAAUGACCCUGGUCACAAUCAGAGAAGGCGUCUACGACAAUGUGCCUCCGUCAUCUUACCUGUGCCAUCACUUCAAUCCAUACCACUACCUGGUAUAAUGGAUCCAGAUGGCCGUGUUGAUGAAUCUAGGCUGCGGAAGUACAUUUUUAAAAACGGUGGUGUGUUGCCCCGAGAGCGGGCACAAGUAUGGCAGUUUUUAUUCGGCAUGUACCCCAGCAACUCCACAGCUCGGGAGCGUCCUCUGAUUCAGGAGCAAAUGGUUGCUCGCUAUCAGCUGAGUUGGUAGCUGCAGUGAAGUUUUUUCACCAACGGCAGAUACAAAUUCAAAAUGAGGCUUCUCAGCUGCCUGAAGAAGUGCGUGAGAGGAUGUCAUUUUUAGAGCUUCAAGCUCAGGUAUUAUUGCAACGUGUUACCUUUAAUGUGGCAGAACUACAGGAAGCCAUCCGAAUCAUCGAUAAGGACGUUCCUAGAACUGACAGAGACCUUACCUAUUACCUGGAUGAAGGCCUGGGAAAUCUCCUUGUGUUGCGAGAUAUUCUCAUCACAUAUGCUGCUUUUCAUCCAGACGUGAGCUAUGCCCAGGGUAUGAAUGACCUAUGUAGCCGGUUCCUUGUGGUGUUGGACUCUGAAGUGGAAACCUUCUGGAGCUUCUCGUGCUACAUGGAGAAUUUUUCGAAAGACUUUCAUGCUGACGGUCUACACCGUAAGAUUGAACUGGAAGCAGCCUUGUUAAAAGAAUUGGAUCCUCUACUCCAUGCUCAUCUUGUCACAGACAACAUGGACCGAUUCACCUUUUGUCAUAGAUGGUUGUUGCUGGGCUUUCAGCGGGAAUUUGAGCAUUGUGAGGCACUCCGUCUUUUUGAGGUCCUGCGAUGUGAUUACCUUGAGCUCAUUUCCCAACAGGUGGAGCAGGCUCGUUAUCAAGAACGGCUUGUCCAAAAUCAGACCACAGAAGACAACCCAGGCGUGGAGCCACAAGUCAUCAACACAGAAUACACAUUUGAACUCUUCAUCUGUGCUACCAUCAUACUGGACAACAGGGACAUAUUACUGAACUGCAGAAAUGAUGUGCAGCUCAUCCAGUUUACCAACAGUUUGCAGGGGACUCUUGACCUAAACAGCACACUCAAGAAGGCUGAAGAGCAUUUCUUCAACUACUGCAAGCGUUCAGCCUGGGACUAUCUCAACACCCGCUAUCAUAGUCACAGAAGUAAAGAAGAACAUUUCCUUAACCAGCUUCGGAGCCUCUUCUUGUGAAUUUAAAGGUAAAAUGGAAAGUCUUGGGGAUUUGGCUGUUGUAAAUGGACUGUCUACCACAUCACUAUUACACCAUCAUUCUCAACUGCCUCUCCAACCACUCUUAUGUCCUGGUUCCACCCAUACCUCUCCUACCGGAUAUAGUUUGUCACCAUCAUCACCUCCAGUUCCACUCUGGCCUUAGGCAGUAAUGCCAUGGCACAAGGCUCUGUGCUUGGACCCAUCCUUGGACCUCAUCUACAUGCUCCACCGAUUAGAUCAUCCACUUUUGAAUGCGAUGCUGAUGACACACAGCUUUAUCUCUCCACUCCAGUCAUCCCCCUGGCAGUCUCUUGUCACUUACUUAUAUGAAAUAAAACUCUGGAUGUCAUCUCAUUUCCUCAAACUCAACUGAGCUCAUGGUUGUCUCCAAGGCGUUGUUCAGAAAGGUUUGAGAUCUGCUGCUGAUUGUUGAUGGCUGCUCUAUAUGUCCAUCUUUUUAAGUCUUAAAUCUGGGUGUUACCCAAUAUCCAGGACUUCACCCUUUCCUUCAAGUCACAUAUAACAUCUGUCCACAAAACACCAUAACCAAGAAAACAGAAACACCCUUCAAGCCGUGAGCCUCUCUGCCACAUAUCUGGACUCAAAUCAGACCUAAAACCCACCUGUUCACCUCAGCAUAUAGUAGCAAAGCUACCUUUACUUACGCUGCAAUCUUUGCUAUGUAAUUAGGAAGGGUCCUUGGGUUUCAUGAAGGGCACAAUAAAAUUCAUGUUAUUAAUAUUAUUGUUAUUGAAGCAACUAGAAAUAUAUGCAGCAUGACAAAUACAGUUGCCAAAACU